UACCAAUAUGGCAGAAGCGGUGGGUCUUGCGCGGUAACUAAAGCAACAUAACAGGAGCACACUGUCAAAUUCAACACUAAUCAGUACAAGACCGCAGCGAUGAGGGAGAGACAGAAGAAAAAGAAGGGGAGGACAUGGGCAGAAGCUGCUAAAACGGUAUUGGAAAAGUACCCGAACACACCCAUGAGCCACAAAGAGAUCCUACAGGUGAUCCAGAGGGAGAGACUGAAAGAGAUCAGUGGUACUUCCCCGCUGGCAUGUCUUAAUGCUAUGCUCCACACCAACUCUCGCAGUGAAGAAGGGAUCUUUUACAAAGUACCUGGACGAAUGGGGGUCUACACACUGAAGAAGGACAUUGGGGACGUGGUGAAGGAACUGUCUGAGGAGGGGUCGGAUGUGAAUGAGCUGUCUGAGGGGUCAGAGGAGCUGUCUGAGGAGGGGUCGGAGGUGAAGGAGCUGUCUGAGGAGGGGUCGGAGGAGUGCGGUAGUGAUAAUCUGUCUGAUUCCCAGAGAAGCACAGAGAACAACAACUACAACGCUAACAACCAGGAGGGCAGGAGGGGACGGUGGAGGAGGAGAGGGCCUUCCAAGCUGCCGCCUGAUCCGUUGUCUCCUCAGCCACGCUGUUCAUCUCCCUCUGUCCCCAGCAGCAAGCUCAUCUCUCCUUCACAGAAACACUGCAAGAAGGCCCUCAAACAGGCCCUGAAGCAGCAGCAGCAGAGGAACCAGCGGAGACAAGGGGGCAUGCCCACAACCUCCAGCCCUAGACUACUGCUUAAGACGGACACCAUUGCCACUAAGUCCGACUCCUGUCCUGCUGCUGGUACCAGGAAGAUGUCCCAGAGGUCCAGUCGACUCAGUGCACGGCAACUGAAGCGUACCAAGUGUGCAGAGAUAGACGUUGAGACACCAGACUCUAUCCUGGUUAACACCAAUCUGCGUGCCCUGAUCAACAAACACACCUUCUCUGUUCUGCCCACAGAGUGCCAAGAGAGGCUACUGACGCUACUGCCUGAGGUCGACCAACAGGCCUGUAUGGAUGGUCUGUUGAAGGUAACCAGUUCUGCCUUAAACAAUGAGUUUUUCACAUCAGCAGCUCAGUCCUGGAAGGAACGACUGGCGGAAGGUGAGUUCACUCCUGAGUUGCAGCUGAGAAUGCGUCAGGAGAUUGAGAAGGGAAAGAAGGUGGAGCAUUGGAAGGAGAGCUUCUUUGAGAACUACUAUGGUGAAAACUCUGGACUCAGCUUAGAGGAAUCCAAAGAGCUGCUUGAGUCUGGUCUCAGUUUGGAGCUCUCAGCCACCAAAGCCCAGUCGUCUCCUCCAUCACAGCCACGUCCUGCUGGCCAAGUACUGCAAGACGCCAAGAUCCCAUCGAACAGCUGCCAGACUCGCUCUUCAGAGAGGAGGCUCCGAUCAUCAUCACUGCCCAUAAACCCGACAUGUAAACCCAUAGAACCUACCAAGUCAAGGCCAGAGCCUGUUCAAGAGGAAACAGUAGCAGUCCCACCCGUUGUACUACCGGUGCUGCCAGUAAAGACCGUUCAGAAGACACUGGAGGUUGAGUACCCCAGACACAGGACUCGUAGUAGAGGUUUAUCCCUACCUAUAGUGGCAGUGGAGGCAGCUCUUGUGCGGAGACAUGAUGUGGUGGAUUCAACCUCAACGGUUACUCCACUUGGAGAGAAGCAGAAGGAGGAAGAUGAGGAGCAGGAUUUGAAAGAAGCCCAGCCAGACACCCCCCAGUACCCUGAGAUCCCCCGAUCCCCUGCCCAGGAGAGUCAUCCAGAGGUCUGCCCCCAGAUUAAGCUCAGUUCAUCACUGCCCAUCGACCUUCCAGAGCCUCUGGGCGUGGACAAGCAUAGUGGGGAGAGGAGGGAAGAUGUUGACGUUACACCAGAGAGAGGAGCCUCAGCCCCUGUGUCAGUCACCUCUGUAUCCGCCCCUGUAUCCACCCAUGGAACCACACCUGUACCCACCACCCCAUCCCCGGAGCCGUUGAAAAGGAAGUCCUCGUCCAGUGAACAGGAAGUAGAGCUGACUCCAGAGAAGAGGGCCCGCAUCACUCCACCAGCAGUAUCUGUGGUAACCUCUCCAGCAGCCACAGUAACAACAGCACAGAGAGUGCCUCCGCUUCAGAUUACUGUGUCGCAAAUCCUAUCAGUCCCAGUCCUUGUGUCUCCAACCCAGGUGUCCCCUAGGACGCCUCUCCCUGUCUCCCUCAGUCCCAGUCCUAGCCCUGGUCCUAGCCCUGGUCCUAGCCCUGGACGCAUUGGUGCUCGCACUCUGGCUGACAUCAAGGCUAAAGCCCAGCUAGCCCGGACCCAACGUGCAGCAGCAGCUGCAGCGAGCUCCUUCUCUAAAGGUGCAGUACCAGGCCCAGGACCAGGAGGAGGCAGUGGAGAGCAAGGAAACCAUAGAGCUUCAGCCCAGACCCUCCACUCCAGACCCUCCUCCUCCACCCAAAGCUCCACCCAAUCUCAGUCAACCACCAAGCUGCCAGCAAGCAGCACCAUUGGUCAAUCUACCUGUCAAUCAACCGAUGCAGUCACCACACCAGCCUACUCCAGUUCUGUCCAAUCAGGCUCCUCUGUGCCCUUUGACCUUAGCCUGUCUCAAAGAUGCUCCAACACCAGCAGAGCGUCUCUCACUGAUGACCGACAGAGAGGCUACUCUGCUGGUAACAUGAGCCCAGGUUUUCUGAUGAGGCCUCAACAUGGGAACACUCAACUUAUAUCACACCCAUCAGGUCCCCAGUCAACCUCUAGCCUCACUUCAUCUGUGUGUGAUGUGAAGAGCCAGUAUGUAUCUGGAGGCUCCAUGGCAGCCAAUGCUAGCCACUUCAUCCCAGCCAACAACCCCCUCGUCACGUCUCUCCUCCAGGGGAAAGAGGUCCCUCUGGAACAGAUCCUCCCCAAGCCGCUGGACAAGGCAGAGGUCCAGCUGACCCAGGCCAAACCCUCCCAUGAUGACAAAUGGAAGAUAAAGUCCCACAGCACAGCCGGGACAGCCAGUGGUGAAAGCCAGAGUCAGUACCUACACUCUGGUGGUGUGGAGGACAACAGUAGAUCCAAACAGCAAGGAUCUAUAGGCCGCUCCCCCUCCGCCAUACCUGGAACAAGAGCAGGUAAGUUGGCAGAGCUCCAGCACCAUCAAAGGGAAACACCUAACAAAGACAUCCAGGAGCAGAUCCUCAGGGCUCUGAUGCAGAGGGCCACCCAGCAGCACCAGAACCAGCCGUAUGGGGUCUCAGGCGAGGCUCAGCGUGCCCAGUUUGGAACCUGCAAUCUAGGGCACCAGGAGGAGUGUGGGGACCAUCCCCGGUUCUCCGCUGGGUUCCCUGGAAGGAAGAGGAUGUCCAGGCCUGCCAUGUCAGGGCACUAUCUCCUCAAUGUUUCCACGUACGGGCGAGGCUCAGAGAGCAGUAAACGCUCCCACCCAUUGGCUACCGCCAACACCUCACUGACCCCUCUGGCCAAUCUGAAGAGAGAACACACAGAGGGAGAGGUGCUGGCUAACGAUGGGGAGGAGUCCGUGGAGAAUAAGCCUCAUUCUCAUUCUAACUCAGCCGGAGGAGUCAAGAUGGAACAGCAGGGCUUCUCAAUCACAAAAAUGGGUGAAGCUCUGGGCUUUCAGCGCUGUUCCAGGAUAAAGUCUGAGUCUCCAUCAGUGGAGGGCUGUCUACCGGAACGGAAUGACAAUAGUUUAGCCAGUACAGAGAGAGACCGUGGCACUUCUGCAAGAGCCAAAGAAACCAACCUUUUCACCCAAUCACAGCACAGGAGGCACCUGGAACUUUGCAAUAGUAAACAGGGUGGUCAUUCUGAGCCAUAUCGGGUAUCUGUAUCUCCCCACAUGGGGACCGUGGACCCCAGUCACACCAGUACUUACCAGCAUCCGUCUGCCUUUCAAACCCAGAGACCUCCAAUCAAUAAUCAGGAAUCCAUGGUGGGGUCCUGCUACAGUGGCACCAUCAGCAUGUCUGUACCUCACACUCUGAGUCUGAACCACAGUGCUGCUGUUUCAGGUAGCGCUUCCAGCACCUCCCUCUCUGUGUCAGGUAGUGGUGGGGACAGCGGCAGUGGCACCGGCAGUGUCAUGUCUUUCUCAGUGACCGUCACUACCAUACCUGCCGGUCACCCUUUGGACCACAUAAACCAGGGGGAGGGGUCUCCAGAGGAGGGGUGUAUGGAGGGAUCUGGUAUAGAGGACGUUCAGUCGAAAUGCUACUGCCGACUCAAAGCUAUGAUCAUGUGUAAAGGGUGUGGGGCCUUCUGCCAUGACGAUUGCAUUGGCCCUUCGAAACUCUGUGUCUCAUGUCUAGUGGUACGAUAAAACGAAUGUUAGAAAUGUAGCAAUGAUUUGUUUCAAAUCUUUAUUGUUGCACCAAGGAACAAGUCAGCAUCAAGUAAUCUACCAUUGUCAAGAAGUAGUUACCAGCAGGGUUGGGGUCAAUUCGAUUUCAGUUCAGGAAGUAAACUGAUUUGAUUUCCGAUUCUAAUUUUCUCACAGAAAAAAGGGGGAAUUGCAAAGUCAGUUUAUUUCUUGGAAUUGAUUCAAUUGAAGUGGAAUUGACCCGAACCAUGGUUACCAGGGUAAAAUGCACAGUGGCCAUACUAAACCCAACCCAUGGUUUUCAGUGGGGAGGCAAAGCAUUUACGCUAGACGAUCAUAGUCUUGUUUAAUCUGUUCCAUCUGAGAAAGACUGGUUUGUUUUGGGCAAUUCACAGUAGUAGUUUUGUUUUGAACAGUUCAAAUCAAAUCUGCACCUUUCAGACUUGAGACAUGUUGAAUCUUGGCAAUACUUUGCACUUGGACAUGUUAUUGUUCUAUAUUUUUGUAAAGAUAGUUUAGAUUUUUAAAAGGAAAGAAAAAAAUGAAUGUUGCUAUUUUUGUAGAACGUAAUAACACUGUUGUUAUGUUAAAGACUGCCACUCCUUCUUGUGGAGUUUAUGUUAUGAUGUUUUAAAAGGUGAAGAAGGGAGUUCAAUGGGGUUUGCGUGUAGGUGAGGGAGUACAAAUAUACUGAUUUAUAUCGAUUUUAAAGGUUGCAAUCAAUCAUUUACAUAUUUACAGUACUAGAAACAGUCUUACAGAUAUAUAACAAGAGAAUAGAUAUUUGAAAUUAUUAUUUUGAUUAUAAAAAAUAUGUCACAAUUAUUGCACUUAGCUUUUCUAAGUACUAACACUUACUGGGCAAAGUACUUGAAUGACAGCUCUACUGUAUGUAUACUGUACACUAUACAUGUAGUGUACACUGUACAUGUAGUGCACACUAUACAAGUAGUGUACAGCCUUCGUACUCUUAACAUGGUGUUGAAAAGUUAAAGCACUUUCACUAGUGCCCUUCGAGGAGCAAGCUGAGUAGCCUGGUUCCAGAUCUGUUUGUAUUGUUUUAUGACAGUGGCAAUAGGAGUUGUCAAUACAGUACUAACAGAUCUGCUACUAACUAAGAUCUUUCCCAUUUCAGUCUAAGGUCAUUGGUGAAGUUUUACCGACACCGUGAACCUUCAUUGAACCUCGACUGAAAGAUAUUCUGUCUCAUUAUGUUUCAUACGUGGAUGCUUGUUUGUGGAUAGCAACGUAACCAUUAGCCCUGAUGUACAGUUAAAACACUCAGAGAAAGAAGGGAGUCAAAUGUAUUAUUCUUUUGCUUUUUAAAUAUUGUCUUUAAGCUAUAUUUAGAAAUGAUUUCUCUAUCUAAGCUUUAUGUACGUUGCUUAAGCAUAUCCAACAUUAUAUCCAAUGUUAUAUGUUUUUAUUGCAAAACAGUUUAUAUCUCUAAAAGAAACUACGCAAAAAUGUGUAUUUAAACGCUAAAUGCUGUACUAUCAAGAAACCAUUCAAAGUAUAGGUGAUAGAGAGGUACAGUUUACUACAUAUAAAGCAAAGGCACAUAAUAUUGGUAUGCAUGGUGAUUGCAAUUAUAAAAUCUAAAUGUAUCAAUCAUAUUUUUGAAUGAUCUGACUAAAACUAAAGAUAGUUGCUGAGUACCGGUAUAUUUUAUAGUAAAUCAUUUCCAUGGUAACAUGCCAAAGUCACCUCAUGAAAACUAAAAGAUCAGAUCUCGUUUUUUAAAAUGUCUGACUAGUUAAAGAAAUUAAUAUAUUUUAAGUCAUAUAUUUUAAUAUAAAAAAUCUAUUUACAAAUCUUUUUUUUUUUUAAGAACAGGGUAUUUUUUUUUCAACGUUUUUGUUUGAGUGGGACAGACCAAUUACUUUUGUAACAAAAAAAAUCCCCAGGUUUUCUGAUUCUGUAUGUCCUUUUCCACUGAAGUCCUGCUUGGAAUAAUUUAUCCCUCUGAACUGAAUGCUCUUGUAAUGACUUUGGUUAAUAAGGAUCUUUGUUUUAUGUCUUACACAUAUUUUCUGCAUUAACUAUGUGCUUUAUUUAGGGAAAAAUUAAUGCCUGUAAAUUAACAAUACAAUUUCAUGGCACCGUUUGUAAGUGGUCGGUGGAUUGGAUCCAGGCCCUGUGUGUGCGUGUGUGUCACAUGAUUCUCAAAAGGUUCGAAGUCUACGUCCCAAAUAGCACCCUAUUCCUUUAUAAUGUUGGGAAUAGGGCGCCAAUUGGGAAGCAACCAAAUGGUUCAUAAAUGGAGGGUUCAUAUUUUGUAAGGAUAUAAAAGAGACCUUAUAUUUAUGAUUUCCCCUCUAUCGUUGCAAACUUUUAAUGAAGUUUAGUAUUGAGUAAAAAUGGUUUUAAAAACAACAAAAGUUCUGUUGACUGACUUGUGAUGGUGACUGGAUUGCAAAGAGAAAGUUGUUUUUACCUACAGUACAUUUUGUAAACAGGCAGCUAACGUCUUUAUUGAUGAAUAAUUGGUUUAGUAGCCUACUCAACUUUGUCCUUUUUCUCAAACCUUGAUUUACUUUUUUUUAAAGCAAUUGAUAGCCUAAAUUCAGAGGGAUAUAUUGAUUAGAUUAAUUUUGAAACCUAAGGACAAAGAAUAAAGGUUGAGGAUAGAUUUGGAGGAAAAGUGUUUUCUAAGUGUCAUCGGGCAAUCAAUAAUGGUUUGAAAAUAUCUGUCUGUUUGUCUUGUGAAGGGUGCAGUCCCCUCAGUCUGUGUCAUUUUAGCUGUUUUUAGAUUUUAAACUCUCCAUUUCAAAAUGCAGGUGAAUGUAAUAUAGUAAUCAGCACUUGUCAACAAAGAAUAAAUAACAAUGAGAAAACA